UGCCCUUCCUAAUCAAAUUUCCAAUUGCCUUUGGUGACUUCACUAGCAGCUAAUGUUUAUUUUUCAAGAACCCUUUACUUGUUAGACUUUGCGUUGAGACAUGAGAGGCAACAAAACCCAAUGCCUACAAGUGUCUCUCUUCUUCCCUCAUCCAAACGCAAAACGGUGCCUUUGUCCUCACCAACUCCGCUCUGCCGGAUUUUGAGGUCCAUGACCGAUCCAUUUCAGGUCAUCGGCAAGAUCGCGUAUCUUUUCGCUCUUUGCAACCUUCUUCUUCCCCUGAAAUAAAAAUUCCUCUGCGGCGGCGGCAGCAGCAGCCCAACUUUAAUGCGACACUCGCCGUAGUUACUCCCAGGGCGCCCGCUUCAACCAAACCGGUUGCCAAUUUCCUCCGCCUUGCUCUGCUUUGCGCCUCCCCUGUUUCUUGAUUCCACCCGUUACUCGCCCUAUCCGCCGGUCAAAAUCUGACCUUGACGAGGCGCGCCGGGAGUUCCAUGGGCGGGGACUCGAGGUUCUUCUCCUUCUUCUUCUGACGCGGCGGGCCGGUCAGCGCGAGCCAUGGCCGAGGACAACCACCACGGAUCGUCCCGGCACAUGUCGGCGAUGUCCAUGUCGCACAAGGAGCUGGGCGACGACGACGCGCGGGCGGUGCGCGUGGGCGACGCGGCGCGCACCAACGAGCGCCUCGAGUUCGCGGGCAACGCCGUGCGCACCGCCAAGUACUCCCCGCUCACCUUCCUGCCGCGCAACCUCUUCGAGCAGUUCCACCGCCUCGCCUACGUCUACUUCCUCGCCAUCGCGGUCCUCAACCAGCUGCCCCAGCUCGCCGUCUUCGGCCGCGGCGCGUCCGUCAUGCCGCUCGCCUUCGUCCUCACCGUCACCGCCGUCAAGGACGCGUACGAGGACUGGCGACGGCACCGGUCCGACCGGGCCGAGAACAACCGCCUCGCCGCCGUCCUCUCGUCCCCCGCCGACGCCGAGACCGCCCAGCUCGAUUUCGCGCCCGCCAAGUGGAAGCACGUGCGCGUCGGCGACGUCGUGCGGGUCGAGGCCAACGAGUCGCCGCCGGCCGACAUGGUCCUCCUGGCCACCAGCGACCCCACGGGCGUCGCAUACGUGCAGACGCUCAACCUUGACGGCGAGUCCAACCUCAAGACCCGCUACGCGAAGCAGGAGACGCUCACCACGCCGCUGGACCGGCUCGCGGGGGCCGUCAUCCGGUGCGAGCGCCCCAACCGAAACAUCUACGGCUUCCAGGCCAACCUCGAGCUUCCCGGGGAGACCCGCCGGAUACCGCUCGGCCCCUCCAACAUCGUGCUCCGGGGCUGCGACCUCAAGAACACGGCCUGGGCCGUCGGCGUGGUCGUCUACGCGGGGCGCGAGACCAAGGCCAUGCUCAACAACGCCGGCACGCCCACCAAGCGCAGCCGCCUCGAGACGCACAUGAACCGCGAGACGCUCUUCCUCUCCGUCAUCCUCAUCGUGCUCUGCUCCGUCGUCGCCACGCUCUCCGGCGUCUGGCUGCGCGCCCACCAGACCGACCUCGAGCUCGCGCAGUUCUUCCACAAGAAGGACUACCUAAAGACCGACGACAAGGACGAGAAAAACAAGAACUACAACUACUACGGCAUCGCGGCGCAGAUCGUGUUCAACUUCCUCAUGGCGGUCAUCGUGUUCCAGAUCAUGAUACCCAUCUCGCUCUACAUCUCCAUGGAGCUUGUCAGGCUCGGCCAGGCCUACUUCAUGAUCCGGGACGCCAAGCUCUACGACGAGUCAUCCGACUCCAGGUUCCAGUGUAGGGCUCUCAACAUCAACGAGGACCUGGGCCAGGUCAAGUGCAUCUUCUCCGAUAAGACCGGCACGCUCACGCAGAACAAGAUGGAGUUCCGGUGUGCAAGCGUCGACGGUGUGGAUUACAGUGACAUCGCGAGGCAGCGACCUGUCGCAGACGGUGAACCGGCUUGGGUGCCGAAGGUGCCGGUGAACGUCGACAGAGAGGUGGUGGAGAUGGUGAGGAACGGGGGUGACACCGAGCAAGGAACGAACACCAGAGAGUUCUUCCUUGCUCUGGCAACGUGCAACACCAUUGUUCCCUUGAUCAUGGAUGGCCCGGACCCGAAGAAGAAGGUCAUCGACUACCAAGGCGAGUCGCCGGACGAGCAGGCGUUGGUUUCUGCCGCCGCGGCUUAUGGCUUUGCUCUCGUCGAGCGAACCUCCGGGCACAUUGUGAUUGACGUCCUUGGUCAAAAGCAGAGGUUCGAUGUUCUUGGUCUUCACGAGUUCGACAGCGACCGCAAGAGGAUGUCGGUUAUAAUUGGCUGCCCUGACAAGACUGUCAAGCUGUUUGUAAAAGGUGCAGAUAGUUCCAUGUUUGGAAUCAUCGACAAAACACUGAAUCCAGAUGUUGUUCAGGCAACUGAGAAGCAUCUCCAUUCAUAUUCGUCGGUGGGCCUGCGAACACUUGUCAUCGGCGUGCGGGACCUUAGUCAGGCAGAGUUUCAGGAGUGGCAAAUGGCUUAUGAGAAGGCUAGCACUGCAUUACUUGGAAGAGGGAACCAACUACGCAGCGUGGCUGCCAACAUUGAAAGAAAUAUGCGCCUGCUGGGAGCCUCUGGUAUCGAAGAUAAGCUGCAGGAAGGAGUACCUGAAGCAAUUGAAAAACUAAGGCAAGCAGGGAUUAAGGUCUGGGUACUGACUGGUGACAAGCAAGAAACCGCCAUCUCUAUCGGCUACUCCUGCAAACUCUUGACAAGGGAGAUGACACAGAUUGUAAUCAAUAGUAACUCAAGAGAGUCAUGUCGAAAGAGUCUAGAUGAUGCAAUCUCCAUGGUUAACAAGCUUCGGUCAUUAUCAACUGACUCUCAAUCUAGAGUGCCCCUUGCUUUGAUCAUCGACGGAAACAGCCUCGUCUACAUUUUUGACACCGACCGGGAGGAGAAGCUUUUUGAAGUUGCCAUCGCUUGUGAUGUUGUUCUAUGUUGCCGGGUGGCUCCCCUACAGAAGGCUGGCAUUGUUGAUCUGAUAAAGAAAAGAACGAGUGACAUGACUCUAGCUAUUGGAGAUGGUGCAAAUGAUGUAUCCAUGAUUCAAAUGGCCGAUGUUGGCAUCGGCAUCAGUGGGCAAGAGGGAAGGCAAGCUGUUAUGGCCUCAGAUUUUGCCAUGGGGCAGUUCAGAUUUCUUGUCCCACUGUUGUUAGUUCAUGGUCACUGGAACUACCAAAGAAUGGGCUACAUGAUUCUGUACAAUUUUUACAGAAAUGCUACUUUUGUCUUUGUCCUUUUCUGGUAUGUACUCUACACUGGUUAUACCCUGACAACAGCAAUUACUGAGUGGAGCAGUGUGUUGUAUUCGGUGAUCUAUACCGCUGUACCGACUAUCGUUGUCGCCAUUCUCGACAAGGAUCUGAGUCGGAGCACAUUGCUAAAAUAUCCCCAACUUUACGGUGCGGGUCAGCGCGAGGAGAAUUACAACCUAAGGCUAUUUAUUUUCAUCAUGAUGGACUCUGUUUGGCAGAGUGUCGCAGUUUUCUUCAUCCCUUACCUCGCAUACAGAAACAGCGCAAUCGACAGCGCGAGCCUGGGAGACCUGUGGACACUGUCUGUUGUCAUUCUUGUCAACAUUCACCUUGCAAUGGAUGUGAUCAGAUGGACCUGGAUUACUCAUGCAGCAAUAUGGGGCAGUAUUGUGGCGACAUGGAUUUGUGUUAUCGUCAUAGACUCUAUACCAAGCUUGCCCGGUUUCUGGGCCAUCUACAAGGUGAUGGGAACUGGAUUGUUUUGGGCAUUGCUGCUAGCAGUGAUUGUGGUUGGCAUGAUCCCUCAUUUUGCUGCAAAGGCUAUCAGCGAGCAUUUCAUGCCCAGUGACAUUCAGAUUGCGAGAGAGAUGGAGAAGUCGCAAGAUUCUCAUGAUGUCAGUCAUCCAGAAGUUCAGUUGAGUACAAUCGCUCGAGCGUAGGAGUAGGAGACCUUUGUUCAUUCGGGUAGGCUAGAGUUACACCCUUCUCCUUUUGAAGAAAUUACACAUUUUCUUUGGUUCUUUUUGUUUUGUGUAUAUAAAGCAAUUCUUUUGACAGUGAGCAUGCUUCUUGUUGCUUGCUUCCUUGUCAACUAUCCAAAGGAUAGAUUUCUUGUAGCCAUGCUGUGUACAAUUUUUUGUUAAUUUAUAUGAAAAUAAACCGUACAGCA